GCGCCCCUGGCGUUCCUCCACCAAAAACUCCUCCCUCAACACUGGACGUGGCACGACCUCCUUCCUCUCCCAUGCCCCUCGACGACGACGACGUCGACCGCAGAGACUGAGGACGCAAACAUGUGGAUCCUUCCCCUUAUCGGCUAUGCGGGAGCCAUCCUGGGCUUCUGCUUCCUGACGCUGGCCAUCGCGUCGGGACUCUACUACCUCUCGGAGCUCGUCGAGGAACACACCGUCAUCGCCAAGCGCCUCUUGACGCGCCUCAUCUACACCGUCAUUGGCGUGCAGGUCGCGCUGUGGCUGCUCGACGGCUUCCCCUUCUGGUCCUCGCUCCUGGGCAUCGUCGCCCACGUCGUCUACCUCGGCAACAUGCGCCGCUUCCCCUUUGUGCGGCUGUCCGACCCGCUGUUCCUGCUGUCGUGCCUCCUUGUCCUGCUCGAUCACUGGGUCUGGUUCCGGCACUUCUCGCACAGCCAGACGCGCGCGUACCAGCGCUCCUCGUACUACGACGCCGUCGACGCGCCGAGCUUCACCAUGAUCGCGUCCUACUUCGGCUUGUGCGUCUGGCUCGUGCCGUUUGCUCUCUUCGUGAGCUUGUCGGCCGGCGACAACGUGCUGCCGACGAUGGGCACCGAGCCGGUGCGUGGCGUCGAUGGCAAGGCCCGCCCGCAGGGCAUGGUCAAGGCUGUCGUGGACUCGGUUCGCGGCGCCAUAGGCGAGAUUGCCGGGCUCACGGGCCUGGAACGGCCAUGAGAGGCCGAAUAGUGAGACGCGAAGUUAACGACGAAACGACGACAUGCCGCGCCGCGGGUUGCGAGACUGGCAGCGAGACGACACGAAUGGUACGAAGGGCUCUACGACGUAGAGCAAAGCCCUCAAAAGCCGAUCGCCAGACCGCUACACCCAAAUGGGAGGCCCGUGCGACCAUCGACUCAGGGCACUCGAGCCGAUGUCUGCACAGGGCUUUGUCCAAAUUGCCCCAGGUGUUUGAACCGAGCAGAUGACCCUGCUUUGUGGGUUUGGGCAUGACUGACGUUGCAUCUGUCACCACGUGGGGCCGGGAGCACAAUCCCCCACACCUCUGAUGAGUUCUGUCCACGGGACAUGAAAGUUACAAGGCUCUGCAGGAAGAUUGAUACAUGCCAUGUUUAAAAACGAUGCCUCAUGGCCAUCUAGUAAUACAUUCCUCUUCAGGGUGCGUCUGCGAGUCCACUGCACACUGUGUAUUAUGCAGUGCCCGUCCAUCAUGUCAAGUCAACUUCUGGCAAGCCGCCUCACGAGCCCUUUCCCUUGGACGAUCCUUUGCGAUCGCCGUUGCCGUUGCCGUCACCGCCGUUCCAGAACUUUUGGUCCACCUUGUCAUCAGGAGCCCGCAUGCCG